GCGCCCGCCGCCCCCGCCGCCGCCUCGCUCGCCCCGCUCCUCCGGCGCCCCAGCCGUCGCGCCUCGCUCGCUGCGGCCAUGAGCGGCUGGAGCUGCUACAUCGACAGCCUGAUGGCCGACAACACCUGCCAGGACGCGGCCAUCGUGGGCUACAAGGACGCGCCCUCCGUCUGGGCCUCCGCGGGCAAGACCUUCGCCGGCAUCACGCCCGCGGAAGUGAACGUGCUGGUGGGGAAGGACCGCAGCAACCUCUUCGUCAACGGGCUGACGCUGGGCGGGCAGAAGUGCUCCGUCAUCCGGGACAGCCUCCACAUGGACGGCGAGAGCACCAUGGACCUGCGGACAAAGAGCACCGGCGGGGCCCCCACCUACAACAUCACGGCCGCCAUGACCAACAAGACAAUCGUGCUCGUGAUGGGCAAGGAGGGCAUUCAUGGCGGUUGCAUCAACAAGAAGUGUUACGAGAUGGCCAACCACUUGCGGCGGUCGCAGUAUUGACCCGCCUGCUGGUCCCAUCUGUGGUACUACUGAUGGAACGGUGUGAGGAUGUCCAAGACGGCAGCGACCGCCCGGGGCGCCCGGCCUUGCCACUGCGGGACCAACCCCGGCACACGAUCGCCGCUUAUUCCAACUUUUCCUGCUCACAGCCUCUCCUUCCUCCUCCGCUUCUCCUGUUUUUUUCUAAUGCCCCCACUCUGCCCCAAACCCCCCUCCUGCCCUCCAUUUCUUUUUUGCCAUUUUUUUUCUACCACAAAUCCUUAUUGCUGCCAAAUUUUCUGGUUGUUACAAGGUGUAGCUUUUUUGACGAAGAAAACUAUAUUGGAACAAGAAAAAAUAAAAAUGAAUUGAAUUCUAA